UCUUUCUCUCUUUCUUUCUUUCUCUUUCUUUCUUUUCUUUCUUUCUCUCUUUCUCUCUCUCUCUUUCUUUCUUUCUUUCUGUCUGUCUGUCUUCCGGUCUCUCAGCAUUUCUUGUGUAAAAGGCAUCAGAACAGGAGAUGGAAUAAUCCUCAACUCUUUCUGAGUGCUUUUCUGGGACUUGUUUCUUGUGGACCUUUCGACUGGACUGGAUCGUGUUUAGUUAACUAGCCUGAGGGUGUACUUUACCUGCUAUUUAUUUAAAUGUUGAUUUUCCAGUUUCAAUUUUAAUGUCAGUUCAGUAUUCCCUAAGUCUAUAAGCUAUAACUGUUUUAAACUUUAAAAAUCUCUCCAUCUUUAUGUAUGUUGUUUUUCUUGUUUUUUUAAAAAAAAUUGUUCUAUGCAAAUUGUGUUCCAAGUGGAGAAUUCAGUUAUUGAGUUUGUUUGCAUGAGUGGAGUACAUAUUAUGGACUAUUCCUAGGAUUUCUGCCUUCAAAGCUUAAAGAAAUGCUUUUCUAUGGUGUUUUUUUCAUAUAAUAGAUAAUACUGAAAGUAGCGAUUAUAGUGCGGACAAAACAUUUAAGGCUUUUUCUCUUUGUAGCUGUAUUCUUGAUAGCAUGGCAUUAAAAUAAUCUGAAUUCUUCUCUAGACUAGUCAAAAUAAUCAGAUGUUCAAAACCAGUUACUACAAGAUGCUUUGCUCAGUUUGGUGUGGCCCCAUUGAAGGGGACCUCGUUUCUAGUUCGGUGCUGAUGCACAAAUGUGUGUGGGUGUGUGUUCGGUGUCAUCAGGUUACACAGCACCCCCUGGGGAUGGAGCAUUACGGCCGGGUGAACCCCCUAGACAAUAAGUUUAACCUUUAAGUGCCCUGAAAUUCAUCUGAAAGGUUUAAUAAAAUGUCCUAAAACGAUCCUAGAUGUGUUUGCCCUCCCAGAUUGUGCGCUCUCUGCCAGCACUACGCCUGUAAAGGCAGGUCAGUCGCAGUGCCUGCUGCGAGAGAACUCAGUUCACAUGUGAAUUAGAAAGAACACAAGUUCACAUUUCAUCAGUGGAACAAGGAUUGUUCUGGAAGUGGAUUGGGCUCUAGGUGUUAGCGUUGACUGUAGGCCAUGAAGGUAACCAGUAGGAGACUGAGGACAGGACACGUGACUCCUGGGUGCCUGGGGGAAAGCGAAGCAAAGACGGACUUCGUCAUUUCAACAAAAGGGAGGUCAGGAGAAAGAAGGAAACAAGGACGCCUGGUUGGUGUGUUUAAGAACCGAUGACUAACGUCAGAUGGCGUGAGCGAGCCCAGAGCUGAGAACUAGACUCAAGGUGAGAAGUGUCUGAGGAGCACGUCCUCCUGCUCAAAGGUGUAGUUAGUAACCAUAAGCUAAUGCAUCUGUAAUGUGGAGAAAUAUGGAGACUGAUCAAAAUAGAAGCUGACAGUUCUACACAGAUGGGAGACUAAUGUGACUCUUAGCAAGACGCAAACCAAGUAGAUCAAAAGAAGAAAGGAUGUGGAAGGGUUCUCACCUGGCCCUGCUGGCAUUCGGGGCCAGAUGGUUCUUUUUCAGGGGGCGUCCUGUGCACUGUAAGAUGUCUAGCAGUGUCCCUGGCCUCUGCUCACUACGUGCCAGUAUCACAGAACCCCCUCCCUCACUGUGACAACCAGAAGUGUGUCUGGACGUUGUCAAAUGUAUCCUGGGGGCCAAAAUCACUUCUGGUUGAGAACCACUGACAUAGAGGUUUUAAAUAAUAUUGCUAAUGGAUAUGUACAGAAAUGCGUGCACAACAAACAAAACAGAUUCUCCUCAAUUACAUGGAGUGUUGAACAAAACUGGCCACAUAUUAGGCCACAAAGAAAGUAAGGUUUCAAAAAGUAGGUACUAUAGACCAGAUUCUCAGACCGCAGGGCAGCCUGGCUAGAGCCUCAGAGAGAAAGGAGAGCUAGAAGUACCUGCCUGAGCGUGUUAAGACCCCCUUCUUUGUAUCUCUUGGGUUAGAGAGGAGAUCGUUAACUACUUUGAGGCUCUCUGUUAAUGAGUGACAGGACUACACAGCACAACCUGCAGGGUGGGGCAAAAGCAGCUCUCACAAGAAAGGAGGUGUGUGGCCUUAAAUGCAUUUAUUAGAGAACAAGAAAAAUAAGUGAAUUAAGUUUUCAACUCAAGAAAUGAGGAAAAUAAAAUUAAGGCAAAUCUGUUUUUGCUUCCUGCAAAUCUGAUUAAGAAGAAACGAGAACACAGUAUUUAAAAAGGGAGGUGACUACAGAUGUGAAAUUUGGCAAAUGAGAACAUACCAGGUACAGCUUGACGGCAGUUAAUGUGAAGCGCUGCGGAUGGCUUAUGAAGAAGACUUAAGUGACCAGAAUUGACCUUGCAGGUAGGAAACUUGUACAGAACAGCAACUUUAGAUGAAGUGGAGAAGGUAGUCAAGGUUUACCUUUUUAAAAAGACACUGGGGCGAGUUAGAUCAAACUUUCAUGGAAGAGCUCAUUCCUGUGUUGUAUAGAUUGUAGCAGCCAUUCAUGAAACAAUCAUUGUGCUCCUGCUGUGUACCAGACACAGGGAGGGUGCCAGGAAUAUGAUGGUGAACGAACACAGAGCCGGCUCCUGCCUGCCUGGAAGUAGUAACGGCACAAGCUAAUCGAAGGCCUGUCCCCAUAAAUGCAAAGUGACAACUGCAGUGAGGACUGUGGGAAGGAGGCGUGUUUUGCUCUGAGAUGUGGGUCAGAGGUCAGGGCAGCCCUUCUAAGGUGGAGCUGCCCGAUGGGAACCAUCCAGGGGGACAGGAGUGGACAAGGGGACAAGGGUAGGAAGAGCAUUCCAGACAGGUGGGGACGGUGAGCUCACGGGCCUUGAGGGGUUGAGGGUGCUGAAGAGCCUGGAAGGGCCCAGUGUGACUGCAGUGCAGACGGGGGUGACCUGGGGUGGGGCGGGAGGAGAACAGGUAAGGAUGCAAUGGUGCUGAGCAGUCACACUGUGUUAAGAUUUAUGAUCUGUAUCUUGUAGGCAGUUGGAGUCCUCUGGAGGGUUUUAAGUGGGUGUGUCAUGAUCAGACCUAGGUUUCCAGAAGAAACACGCCCAUGUCCACAGAGGAACUGGUGGAAUAAACUACGCUGAGCCCACAGUGUAUGUUUCUCAGUCCGCAGCUGUGGACAGGGGUGAGGGGACUACUGACCUGCUCUGUGGCAUCUUUAGGACGUGGUGAGUGGGAAGAGUAAGGCUCAGAACUGUGAACAGAGAGGCAUGUGAACAUCUGCUUGUGAUAAAAAAGCUUAAACCCAGACUAGUUAAAAUGGGUUCCUUGUAGGAGAGGAGAGGAGAGAGGAGGGUUAUAAAUUAGGUUUCUGGACCUACCUUCUAUAGUUUUGAUUCAUGGAACUGUGUAACCGUAUGAAUGUUUUAUAUAGUUUUAAAUUAAAUUAAACCAAAUGGUGGGGGGCAGGUGGGAGUACUACCUAAAAAUUAAAAGCAAAGGGAAUCAGAAGAACCUAACUGGGCAUUGAGUUGGUGGCUUAACUGCACAGAGAAGAAUUAUUUCAAGUGACUUCGAAACAAAUUGGAUUGUACAUCUAUUCUAGUGGGAUAAAUCCUAAGGAGAAAGGAAUUACAAAGAAAUCUUAAGGUUUUUAGUUUUCAUAUUGUUAGUAGUAAUACUCAUUAUUUUGAAACUAUGUAUAUACAUAUGUAUAAAAUAUGACAAGUUGUCAUUUUACUGUUAUUAGGAACAAGAUUUUCAGGGUAAGAAAAAAGAUAUAUAGUGGGGAGGGUACAGCUCAGUGGUAGAGUGUGUGCUUAGCUUGCACGAGGUCCUGGGUUCAAUCCCCAGUACCUCCAUUAAAUAAAUAAAUAAUUAAACAAAUCUAAAUUACCCCUCCUGCAAAAAAAGAAAAAAAGAAAAACGUUAUACAAAUACUAAUUCAAAGUAGUUAAGUAAAUACCCUGUAAUCCCAAAUUUGAAUUGGAAGUAUCAGUGUUUACUUGUUUUGAAAAGAUUUUUUGAGAAAGUAUUUCCAAUCACUGUCCAUUGAAAAGGCCUAGCCAGAAAGAGAAAGAAAAAUACCAUGUGAGAUCACUCAUAUGUAGAAUCUUAAAAACAAGACAGAACAAAAAAGAACACUAAGAACUCAUCUGCAAAACAGAAACAGACUCGCAGACAUAGUAAACAAUUUUAUGGUUACUGGGGAAAGGGGGUGGGAAGGGGUAAAUUUGGAAGUUUGAGAUUUACAUAUGUUAGCCACUAUAUAUAAAAUAGAUUUUAAAAAAGUUUCUUCCGUGUAGCACAUGGAACUAUGUUCAAUAUCUUGUAAUAACCUUUAAUAAAAAAGAAUAUGAAAACGAGUACACAUGACUGGCACAUUGUGCUGCACACCAGAAAUUGACACGUUGUAACUGACUACGCUUCAAUUAAAAAAAGAAAAAGAGAAAGAAAAUGCCUGGAGACAGUGACCAGCCAGUGGCAGGAGCACACAUAGCACUUAGAUUGUGGUCUCUACCUAUCAUUUUCCAUUGUCAGGAAUCAAAACCCCCUCCUUGGAUGAAUGGCACAGACUGAGUUUGGCACAGAAAAUGAACAAGAUGAGCCUGGAGUAUCUCGUUUUACCUGAAAGCAAGGAAGCUUUCCAGACUUCCAGGGUGCGUCAGAAGCUGUAGGAGGUGACUGCAGGAUCUUGCAUUGGAAAAAGAUAGGAUAACUUGGAACAUCAGAACAUGUAUAAGUAUAUAAAAAAUGACUUAAUUUUUAAAUGUUCAAACCCAUGAGAUCAUGGUAUGCUAAAACCACCUCCCUGGUCACUAUCGGAGAACGCUAGGGAACGGGCAUAUUACCCUGAAAAUGGGUAACCAGAGGGAAGGAAGCAAGCCUUAAGAACGCCCGUCAUUUGGGACUGGUAGAUACUACUGUGUACAGAACGGUACACUUGCAACUGAGCGUCUCAUCAGUUCUCCGACAGCGGGCGAGCACAGGGGACAGAGUCCACCGGGUCAGCGCCGACUCCCUGCCCGGGCAGGAGAGGAGCCCCUUGAUGCAGAUGUGAGCAGGUCUAGGGGACAGGGUGGGUGUUCUGGGGUAUUUGGUCUGGGGAGGGCAGUCCCUCCCAGGUAAGAGCAGGGCGCCCACUCUGCCUCCCCAUCCUGCUCUGCCAGGUUUGCUCAGAGAGCCCGGCUGGUGAGAACCACCUCACAGCUGAGAGACGGGCGUGACUGGGGCUCUGUCUUCUUUGUCUGGGCCCCUGCAGGGCCUCUGCUGUGGGUUUUGUUGAGUUCAGCUGUUGGGGACGUGGCAGUGCUGCCUGGUCGCAGUUUGACACCAUAGGUGAGCAGCUGCGGCUCUUCCCGACCCUGCGGUUCAGGCCCGGUGGACUCUGAGCAGAGCCGGCAACGGCGGGCCUGGCAUUGGGCCUCGUCCCAGAGGAUGUGCGUCCAUCAGUGCGUGGACAGCAGUGACUCUCCAGCAUGGCCAGGAAGGGACUCGUCCACAGAGGGGAGGGUCAUAUCUUUUCCUUCAGUUUGGCUUUUUUUUUUUUUUAAUGAAAGUAGUAUAAAGUGUUUUCUUUUCCGUCUUGAAUGGCGGCCGACCUUCAGAGAUGCGCACAGUGGCUGAUGGGGGAGAAGCCCCCAUCUCCCGUUGUGCAGCUCUGGGAAAGAAGCCCCGAGACUCAGGAGCCCUGUGCCCCCCUCAUUUCCCAGGGGGAUCUCGCGGCCCUGGUUGCCUUCCCUGCAAGCUGGAGCUCACAGCUCCGCUGGCCGCGGGGGUGUGGCGUUACCUCUGCCCUCACUGGACACGCUCUGCUUUCUGCAGGCCCUUAUCCCGUGUCUCCACGGCCAGAAGGUAUAGCUGUGAAGUCAGGGAGUCACUUUCAAAGUCUGCCUGUUGCAGAGACGUUCACUGAGAGAAGUUGGCUUUUUCAGUGUUUGUGUGUAUGUACGUGUGUGUGUGCACGCGUGCAUGUAUAUGUGUGUGUAUGUGCAUGUGCGUGCGUGUGCACGUGGACUGGGGCCUGGAUCUCCCCCAGGAAGCCUCUUCUGCUGUUCAGUGACUGUCCGUAGGGCGGUGCUGUGGGCUGGCGGCUCCCUUCUCUACAGGCAGAGAUGAGUUCAGACACAGAGCCCAGCUGUGAGCUCUCAUCCCAGCAGCCACGUGGUGGUGGCUGGGGGAGAAAUGGGAAAUGGCCAAGGUCCCCAAGGAGAGGCAGAGGUCAAGGUGCAGAGUGAGUCCUGUGUCCAGAACGUGCCGUGUGCACAGUGAGCCUGGGUAUGAGUCUCUCCUUUAGACUCUCGGCGCUUAGACUUCACGUUGGCUGGUACUGGUCGUUGGGGAUGCGGCAGGACCGGCCCUCAGCCCUGAAGGACCGUGCACAGGGUGGAAAUGAACUGCUGAGGUGCUAUGGGCCUGCAGGGAGCCUGUGAGGGCCCCGGGGAGAUUCCUGGCCUGGGUGAGGAUGCAGUUCCCAAGCUCCCAGCUCAGAGGCCAGCUUUGGGGAGGGCGCUGGGGGGUGUCCCUUUGGCCAUCUGCACACCCGCAGUGGGGCCAGGCUGCCGGGACUUGAUCUGCAAGGAUGGUUUUGGAAGGUGGAGGACGGAGUGGGAGGGUGAGCCUGGAGCUCACGUGGUUCCUCCUGAGAUCAGGGUGUAGCGAUGAUGCCGGGGCGGAGCUGGCGGUCAGUCAAGGCAGAGGCCGUUAGGAGGGGCUCAGCGACAGGUCUGUGGACAUGUGGGGCCUCUAUCUCAAGAAUGGAGUCCCAGGGGGCCGGGAGGGCAACUCUGGUGGUGACUCCACGUGACUCAUCUCCCGGCCUGGCGCCCCCUCCCGCGCCCACGCCUCCCUCUCCCUCGACCCUCAGCUGCAUUACCACAGCUCUGUUCCCAGCAUCAGGGGCGCUACCUAGCUCUGCCCUCGUCCCGUGGGCCGUGCCGGGUCCUUGAUCUUCCUCCCCCCGGGAGGUCUCCCGCAGCCUUGUGGCUUUACCUGACUGCCCCGUGUCCUGGGGCUGCUGUGACUAUGUCCUAAAAGCAGCGGCUGGAUGGAAACCACACAAAUGUGUCUCUCACUGCUCUGGUGGCCAGACCUGAAGUCAGGGUGCCGCAGGGCCACACUGCCUCUGAAGGCUCGAGCGAAGGGUCCUUCCUGCCGCUUCCGGCUUCUGGGGCUCCGGCUGUCCCUGGCGUGUGGCACCUCUCCCGUCUCUGCCUCUGGUUCACACAGAGUCACACGGCCGUCCCCUCAGUGCCCCUGAGAGCUGCUUCUCCCGCCCCCACCCCGGUUUUAAGGGCAUCCCUCUUGAGAGCUUUAACGUGGUUGUUGUGUCUGUAGAGACCCUGUUUCUCAGUAAGGUCCUGUUUGCGAGGAUGGGGAUGCCUUGGAGGGCACAGUUGGACCUCUGCACAUGCCAGCCACGCACUGAUGAUUACUGGUCUGCAGAAACUGCUCCUCACAGUCUGCUCCGCUUCGGGACAUGCGGCUCUGCUCUGCCAGUUGCUCAGAUGCAAGUAGUAACAGAGUUAAAAACCGAGCAAGACCCCAAUUGCUCUGAACCAGAUGUGGAAGGAGUGAGCCCUCCCCCCGUGGGGUCCCAGACACCGAUGGAUGCAGACAAGCAGGCCAUUUAUAGGCAUCCACUAUUUCCAUUAUUAGCUUUGUUGUUUGAAAAAUGCGAGCAGUCUACCCAGGGCUCGGAAGGCAGCACAUCUGCCAGCUUUGACGUGGACAUUGAGAAUUUCGUAAGGAAACAAGAGAAGGAAGGAAAACCCUUCUUUUGUGAAGAUCCAGAAACUGACAAUUUAAUGGUGAAAGCAAUCCAGGUUUUGCGUAUUCAUCUCCUUGAGCUGGAGAAGGUUAAUGAACUCUGCAAAGAUUUCUGCAGUCGAUAUAUUGCUUGUCUAAAAACGAAAAUGAACAGUGAAACCCUCCUGAGUGGGGAACCCGGAAGCCCAUACUCUCCCGUCCAGUCCCAGCAGAUUCAAAGUGCCAUCACGGGCACUCUCAGCCCCCAAGGAAUCGUGGUGCCGGCGUCCGCGCUGCAACAGGGGAACGUAACCAUGGCAACAGUGGCAGGUGGCACAGUCUACCAGCCUGUCACAGUCGUCACUCCCCAAGGCCAGGUGGUGACCCAGGCAUUGUCGCCUGGCACGAUCAGGAUCCAGAACUCCCAGCUUCAGUUACAGUUAAACCAAGAUCUAAGCAUCUUGCAUCAAGAUGAUGGCUCAUCUAAGAACAAAAGGGGAGUCCUGCCGAAGCACGCCACAAACGUGAUGCGGUCUUGGCUGUUCCAGCACAUCGGGCAUCCCUACCCGACAGAAGAUGAGAAAAAACAGAUUGCUGCUCAGACAAAUUUGACACUACUCCAAGUUAACAACUGGUUCAUCAACGCGCGGAGACGCAUUCUGCAGCCCAUGCUGGAUUCUAGUUGUUCAGAAACUCCGAAAACAAAGAAAAAAACCGCUCAGAACAGGCCCGUUCAGAGGUUUUGGCCCGACUCCAUCGCCUCAGGAGCCGCGCAGCCGGCGACCAGCGAGCUCACCAUGUCGGAAGGAGCCGUUGUGACGAUCACCACACCCGUGAGCAUGAACGUGGACAGCCUGCAGUCCCUGUCCUCAGACGGGGCCACACUGGCGGUGCAGCAGGUGAUGAUGGCCGAGCAGAGCGAGGACGAGUCGGUGGAUAGCACGGGGGACGGCACAGCGGCACUGGCACCUGGCCACAUCGGCGGGCUGGUCCUGGAGAACAGCGACUCCCUGCAGUAGGGCCAUGGCCGCCCGUGCAGACGGCCUGACUUUUUAUAGUUUGCACAGCAAACAUUUUACACAGUUUUAUUGCUAACAUGUUUUAUAUGUAGGUCUAGAAGAGUGCACUUUUGUACUUCAUAGUGAGCUCGGCCGGUGCAGCGACUUCUUUCAAGGUGUGUGUGUGCUUGUGUGUGUGUGUGUGUGUGUUUUUAAGGAAAUUCUUUAAAGGUUUAACGCUAAAAAUGUGAUGAAUGACAACUCCCCCCACGAACCCCCAAUUGGAUUGAAGACUAGUGCUGCCAUGUUCUAAAAAAUCAUGCAGUUUUAACUUAGUUCUGUGGUUCAAGCCGGUCUCAGCGGGCUAAUUUCUUUGCGAAGCCCAUGGAUUUGAAAGAAGCUUCUGCACCUUAAACGGCCAGUGCGAGGUGUCGGCGACACAGUAAGCGGAGUGUGGCCUGGCGGUGAGCGUACAGCAGCUGAAACACGGCUGCGCGCGUCCCUGACCCUGUGUCGUUUGCUACGUGUGAAAAGAAACGCCUAUUUUUACCUUGCUGGAAUUAUUGGAUAAAAAGCUAUUUUUAUAAAUUCGUUAUGAAUUGGAUUAUGACUAUGUCGAGGAUACAGUUUCUAGGGAGGAAACAGUACAUGCGUACUGUCUCAAUUUGGAAUGCUCUGAGUUGUCCAAAUUUAAUGAUCCUGCCCAAAGUUAGCUAACACUCCAUGGUUCUCUGCUAUCCCAGGGUGGUAAUUUACACUUACUACUAUAAAAGAAACAACUAUUUAAUGAAAUUUUGAUAUCUUCAAAUUUUAGUUUAUAUGUAAAUGCUCAGAUUGCAUUUUACACUGAUCUAAACAUAUAUCUAAAGGUAUUUGCUAAGUAGGACUUAGGGAAGUGAAAUGGUAGCUGGUAAUCAAUUAAAAGCUCUUACCAACAUAUUUCAGUCUAAGUUAAAUUUGACUACAGUUAAGUGGUCAGUACACCAUGUUAGCUGAGUAUCGUUUUAGAAUUUUUUUAGCCAGCCAUAUGUUAUGCAUAGAACGUUCAUUAUAAACUGAAACGCCCUCUGUCCCAUCGGCUCAGAGCUGGGCUAGGUACAGACACUCGGCUUCGUGGCGUAAUUCCAGAUACCUGCUGAGGGGCGGGGACGGGCGGGAGCUCCUGCCGCUGGAGCCACGCCGGCCGCUGGGCCCGUGUCGGUGUUUUCUCCCCUACGCUGCUGCACCGGGCCUUCCAGAGCCUUCUUGUCUGACUCGAUCACAUCAGAUCUGGAAUCAUUUUAGGGCUUCUGAUUCCUGGUGACAAGACGAACCAAAAGAAUGAACUGGGUUUUGCUUACUUGGAUUUUGCUUUGUUUUCUUUGGUUUACUUUCAAGUGGGGCUUUCAGAGAGAAAACAGGCCACCUGUUUCACGGAGGAUGCCUUUACAUAACAGCUAAUGGGGCCCCCAGAGCUCAGUGCGCCUGCAGCCGGGUCUCCCGCAGGAAGGGCGUCGGGUCCUGCAGUGCUGCCGUGGUGGCGGUUAGGGACGGCGGCUGCACUGGAGGAUAGUUUAAGCUAGGGCAGAUUUUUUUUUUUCUGGAACUGACUUUUCUCCUCAAAAGUAUUAAUAAUUAAAGUUAGUCAUGGAGAAUACUUCCUGGAUAACUUAGACGGAAGCAAGAACUACAAAGAAAUUUCUUUUAAAAUAUUUCAGGAGCUUUAAAAGAAAAACUUGAUUAUUGACUCUUUUGGGGAGAAAAUAACAUUUUUAAGCAGCUAUUACAUUCCUUAUUUAUAAACAUUUUUUGAUAUUUUAAGUCAAGUCUGCACAAGUAUAAAAGAUCUUCUUAACUUAAAUUCUGUCAUCAUUGGACUUCUUAAGACUAGGACCCGUGGAAGGUGGCCAGCCCCUCCCUGCCUCCUUCCCUCCCUCCGCUCUUUAGUUCAGGCAGUGAAUGCACUCGCAGAACGUGGACUCACGCAGGUCAGUGUUCCUGCCCCACCAGAAAUCGUGUCCCCGAGCGUGGACUGUGGGUGAGGGCUGCACAAGCCGAGUCCGUGUGGAGAUGGGGCUGCGUCCGGGACCCCUGUUGGCACCCAGUGCCGUGGCCUGUGUCUCUCCAGCUGAAGUCGGUUUUCUUAAGGCCUAAAUUCUUACUAUGUUCAGAGGAACAGCAAGAAGAUCUUUAGAGAGGGCACCUGUGGACAUAGCCUGAGGGCCCUUCACCUCUGCCCGUGAGUAACUACAGGGAUUUUAAACAACCCAGCAGGCAGAGUGCUUUGGUCCUUAAACCGCUGCCCAGCCAGUUGGUUGGCGGUUUGCGCCUCAGAAGCACCCGUUUCCCAGCGCGCGGACUUGCGAGAGUGUCUGUGAGGUCGCGACCCCACUGAGCUUGCAUUGUAAAUGAACAGAUUUGAUCCUGACUUCGCUCUUGUUAACUUCUUCCCCCGUGAAGGAUGCUCAUGAGUGCAUUUUGAGACCCCAGUGAAACACGUUGUGUGGUCCCCGGCUCGGUGUCGAGUGGGCCGCAGGCCGGGUGGGCUCCAGCUGACAUGCUGACCCGGCGCUCCGUUGUUUGAGUCCAGAUGUAAAACAGGUUAAGAGUUUAUCCGGUGUGCAAAGUAAGGUGGGCCGCGUCCCCAGCUGGCUCUCGGGCCACAGGGCCAGGCUGCUGGAAGCUCACGCCUGAGGGCUCCAGGAGUCCCUCCCCGUGACCCGCCGAUGGCCUGAUGCUCCCUGGGCGCCGGGCCGGGGAGCACUUUUUCUUUGAGACGAACUCAGACACACCCGGAGGGUGUCAGGGCCCACCUCUGGCAGUCAGUGAGAGACAACUCCGCGGCCUUGCUUUGUUUAGGUGUGUUUGGUCCAUGAACUGACAAUCUUUAAAUGUGAAUACUGUAACGAUGUUUUCUUGGAUUGUUGUCUUUGAAGGGGAUUUUUGUGAAGCAACUGAUUUAUCAAAGCAAAAAAAUUAAAGACAGAAACAUGUUUCA